UGUGUUGUUCUGUGCACGUCAGUAAUAAUACGGCGGGGUUCGUGCUUUGAUAGCUAUUUUCUUGGACACCUGUUUUUUUUUCGCGAUAGAGCUGACGAACAACAGCUGCUGGAGACCUAGUUGCCUGGACAUUGCAGACAUACGAGGGGAAAUUGUCUGGGAGAAUGGGGACCGUGGAGGAACAGCCAGGCCCUUCCAAGCCCAGUGAUCUUGGAGGGAAGGAAAAGGAGAGGGAUGACAGGAUGUUCGAGUGUAAUAUUUGCCUGGACACUGCCAAGGAUGCUGUUGUCAGCAUGUGUGGACACUUGUUUUGUUGGCCAUGUCUUCAUCAAUGGUUAGAAACAAGACCAACGAGACAGGUUUGUCCAGUCUGCAAAGCAGCCAUUAGCAAAGAAAAAGUUAUUCCACUCUAUGGAAGAGGUGCAGCCAAGCAGGAGGAUCCCAGAAAUAACGUUCCACCUCGUCCCGUGGGCCAGAGGACAGAGCUAGAGAAUUCAACGGCCUUCACAGGACUGGGAUUUGCGGACGGAGGGUUCCACAUGUCCUUUGGCAUCGGAGGAUAUCCUUUCGCCUUCUUCACGUCGUCGCUGAACUUUGGAGAGACUCGACCAAGUGCUGUACCCAGAGGGACUCCCCAGUCCGACGACGACAUCUACAUUUCAAAGAUAUUCCUUUGGCUGGCAAUAAUUUUUAUCGGCUGGCUCUUAAUGGCGUAACCAAAUCUUCCUCGCAAUUAUUCGAUUUACACAUAUAAUACACUCUGCAACAACUGUAUAAUUCCCAAUUAUUUCAUAAACAAAAAUAUAUCCAACGAUCUAUCGA